AUGGGAUGCGCGACGAAGAACGCGAAAGUCGUUGCUAUCUCCUUGGGGUCGCUGCAGCGUCAGGCUGUCGCACUCAUCGUUAGCACGAUGAACGAUGCCAUGAGCCAAGGCGUAGACAUUCAACUUCGGAUCCUACAAACCUUGGUUUCCCUGAUCACCAACUUUCCUUCGAUCCACGGAGAGCUGCUUGGAGAGGCGUUACUUCUCUGCUUUAAACUGCAGGAUUCCAGGAUAGCUGUAGUCUCUUCAACAGCAGCAGCCACCCUUCGUCAAUUGGUCAUGUUUAUUUUUGAAAAAAUGGUCAACGAGGAUCGUCUAGAGAGCAAUGAUGCUCCGCAGCUGUCUGAAGCGACACUUCCGGACGGUAGCACCAAAGCGUUAGGGCCUUGUGCCAAAGACGCGUUCUCAGUCUUUGAAGAUCUCUGUCUCCUCGCAAACUCAGAGAAGCCCAAUUUCUUGAAGCUCGACUAUCUACAUAAGACUUUCGCCUUGGAGCUAAUUGAGAGUGUACUCACGAACUAUCACGAACUGUUCAGGAAGCACUCGGAGCUUCUCAUACACGUCUUUCCAUUGACCCUCCGAUGUACACGGGUUGUUUUCUUGAUCCUCAAGCAGUUUUCAUUCGAGAUGGUGACAGAAGCAGAAGUAUUCCUGAUGCUUCUCAUCAGAAUGAUCUCGGAAGAAUCCGACGCCGCGAAUUCCGACCAUUCUGGUCCACGUCCGGUAUGGACAAGGGUUCUCGCAAUGGAGAUCAUGAGAGGGGUAUGUAGCGAUGCUGAGCUCAUCCGAAACGUAUGGGACCGCUAUGAUGCACAACAAACGGGCUCAAACGUUUUCAGCUCUCUGAUUGUUGCAUUAAAACGCCUCGUUACAGAGAAACCUGCUCUACUUGGAGUGAGCGCGCAGAUGAUGGGAGUUGGAAUUUCUCAUGCGGCUGAUAGUGCUACAGCGUCCAGCAAUUACGGUCUGGAUGUCGGUGGGGUCGCUGGGAUGGUUGCUACGGCUGCCAGUGCUACCGUGUCUGGAGUCAACUCGGCCAUGAAGCUCCAGUGCAUCGAUCAAUUAGACAAAGCGGACUCACCGCCCAUCCCCGAAGCAUACAUCUAUCUUCUCGCUGUGCAGUGUAUUGUUUCCCUUUGCGAAGGUUUCGCGUCGUUCACUGGCCCACUGUACACGUCCAUCAUGGUUCAACGUCCUCGCGCAGCCGGCGAGCCAGUGGUUCGUGCCCCUGCCGCUCUUGACGUCUCUACACUCCCGCAGGACGAUCCUACAACUCGUCACCUUCAUCAUCCCCUCUCCUUCAUCAUCUCGACGAAUCUUUCAGACGAGCUCUUCAUAGAUGUUCUUAGCAGCUAUCAAGCUCUGACGAACGUCGCAGGAAUGCUUGCCCUCAGCACUCCUCGCGAUGCAUUUUUCAACUCCCUAUCGAAGUUUGCGAUCCCUUCGCGAGUAGUGUCCAGCUUGGAAUCUUAUAUCGAACCUCCUACGCCGCGAACAUCAACUUCGUUCACGGAAAAUCUGGGAUUGACAGCACCCAUGCAAGCUCCAGGACUGUCAGAGCGCAAUCUAGCGUGCCUUAAAGUGUUGGUAUCUAGUGCCCUCUUCCUUGCCGGCAGUCUAGGAGAGAGUUGGUAUGGCAUUCUAGAGGCUCUACAGAAUGCAGACUAUGUUUUGAAUGUCAAAGCGUCGCAAGCAUCUACGAACCGGCGGAUGAGCACACCCAUGACACCAAGCCGAUCCGUGUCAGCGACGAGCUCUGCUGAACAGGGGAAGGCUGCUCGUCAUCCCCUCCUCGUGGACAUUGAUUCAGAGAGUGUCCUUGCUGCCGUGCAACGCCUCUUUGAUGCAUCCAAAAAUCUGGAGGAUUCAGCUUUCCAGGACUUCGUCACCGCACUCUGUAAACUCAGCUCGGAGAUGGUUGAGAUGCAAUCUGAUAGGGGCACGUUCUUGGACUCUGAGGAUUUGUUGAGUCCUGUACCGCUUUCUCCUCAUAGAAGGCGGGUCAGCGGUAUUCAUCUGCCGCGGACACUGCGCCAGGGUGACUUCGGCGUUGAGAGACUGGGUUCAGUAGCGAUGCUUAACAUUCAUCGCCUGAUCUAUCGCGCACCUGAGUCAAUACGAGUACAAGCAGCACGCGUCCUCGACGAAAUUCUUAUCGUGGUCCCGCGCAAUUUAUCAUCCACUGGAGAUCUCCAGGCCAAAGUCCAGCGUCGCGUUCUCGACGUUCUAUUCAAGCAGAUAGUACCCGCAUCAUCCGACGUCCCAGCGACGAGUACGAAUAUUGAGCUUCGGCGAAUGGGUUUGGAGACCCUCCACCAAAUUCUACAGGCGUCUGGACACACUUUCGUUGUCGGAUGGGGAAGCAUUUUUGAGAUGCUGGGGAGCAUCUGUAAACCCGCAGCUUUGCCCAUAUCUCAGUCGGUCGAUUCGGUCAGCACGCUAUCGCUGCAAGAGACGCCCCGCCCAAAGGCGCUGCCUCUGGGAUAUGUCAACGAUCGCGGCUACACAGCGCUGGUGAAGAUUGCAUUCCAGUCGCUCAAACUUGUCUGUGACUCCGUGUCUGUGCUAUCCCCUGAAGACUUGCGGCUUUGCAUCAAAACCCUCGGACAAUUCGGCCGACAAGCAGACACGAACAUUGCUCUUACUGCCGCAGAAAGUCCUGCUAUGGAGCAGAUGGAACCAGAAUAUAGCACGUUGUGGAUGUGUCUGCUAUUGGAAGUGCUGGGUCUUUGUACCGAUGCUAGGCACGAGGUCCGGGUUGGCGCCAUCCAGACUCUUUUCCGUGCAAUGCAGCUUUACGGCGCCACGCUUACUCUGGAUACUUGGAAUGAUUGUAUAUGGAAGAUCACAUUCCCGCUACUCGACGCAAUAUCUAUCGAAACUCGGCGCGGCGCUUCUGAUCCAGGAAGUCUUGCGCUGCAGUCAAUUGGGUCUAUUAUCAGCGACUUCCUAGUCAGCAAGAUCAUGCAUCUGGAUUCUUUCUCCAAGGCAUGGUCCGUGUUUGUGACCCACGUUCACGAUACCGUAUCCUUGGAUCGCAGAAACCUGAGUCCGCCCGCACUGCUUUGUUUAGGGAAGGUGGUGAAAGCACUUUCUAGCGCGGAAGCCUCUCUGCAGGUCAAAGUAUCGGAGGCUUGGGAAUGCGUAUGGAAGGCAUGCAGUGACAUGGGGAGCAUGGUUCUCCAGGGCGGAAAAUCUCAGUUCUCUCCAAGUACGAAUACGACGCAGCUCUACCGCGCGUUUACUCAGGAGAGUUUGGUUGCUCUCGUUGAUGUCAUAAGGAGCACACGCUUGAUUAGUCUGUCCCAGACGAAGGAGGAAUGGCCGCUUCAACGCCUCAAUCGUCUCAUGGAAAUCCUUAAGGGUGUUCUUACUUAUCCUAACUCGAUGGACUACCGCCCGGACGUUGACGGUUUGACUCCCGUUCAGGUAGUUGUCUUGGACGCCAUUGCGGAUAUCAACUUGGCAGCAUCUGGAGUUCCGUCUCUCAUCAUACGGGAUCUCUCGGAAUUCACCACACUUCCUUUUCUCGCUGCUUUCCAUGUGCCCAUCCUUUCUCCUGCCUCCCCAGCCACGCCGGUGGCGACUUCAUCUCAAAAACAAGUCACGUACAUCGCGCUGUCUAAGAAGGUCAUGCCGCUGAUCGUCGAGUUGUACAUGCGCUUCAAGGAUGAGCUUGAAAUCUAUGAGGAUGGGACUUUGGAAGCUGUCUUCUCGGCCUAUUCGAUACCGAUAAAGCUAAAGUACGAGUGUCCUGCUCCAUCAAAGUUCGGCAAAGACCCUCCUCUGUGGAAGACCGCGACAACGAGCUUUCUCCGCAUAGUUACGGACUCGGUCAGAAGAAUGGCAGCCUUUGGCGAUCGUAUUUCUGAUACACGAGUUGAAGGUGUAUGGCGACAAAUCAUUGAAGUCUUCCGGGGAGGCAUUUUAGCUGACUGCACUGCGACGGAGAGUCUCUCCCUCGAAGAUCAGGAAACAGAAGAAAACUUCGAUCUCUCUCUCAUUAGCUCAUUGGAGAUCGAUCUCGUGCCGCAUCUGGGAGACGCGAGAGUUCCCGAUUACCUCAUCACACAACUAGCGAAGAUUUUGCACCAGGCCAGCCAGCUGUACGAGUCGGGUAUAGAUAUUUCAUGCCCUGGUUCGCCCCCGAGAGAUACUGCGAAAGCGUCAGAUGACUCUCGGGACUCACACGACUUCGAGAAGGUGGAACUGGACAUCGGAACAACUGCACCUGGCCGAUUCUCAUUCUGGUGUUUCGAUCUUUUAUUCUUGAUUUGCUCUAAUGUCACAAGCGGAAGAGAGUUGCUGCACUUUGUCUGCCGACCUUGCUCGAUCGAUGCAAAACUGCGAAUGACGAGCUAUGUCGCGGACGAGUCUCUCCGGGGUAACAUGCCUUUCCCGAGGGCUCGUGAAGAUGAACUACUGUAUGUACUUCGCAAGCUCCUGGAGUUACAGCUCUGGCCUGGAACUUUAUGGGCCGCACUAUCAGAGUCUCCAUCGAAGUUUAGCAAUUCUCAACCUGCUGUUGAUGUCACUCUUUCUCCAUCUAUGCUAAUCGCUGAUGUGGUGAGACGGUCGCCAGUCGCUCAUCUCUUCUAUUUCUAUUCGGUAUUGUGUGAGAUUGCCUCCAUCCCUCGGAAGACACCAUCGGCAUGGGUGAUCACCAAUUCCUCGCCACCCGAGACCGACCAGGAGAGGAGAGGGCAUUCUGUGCAGCCUCGUAUCGGUGCUCUGGAGAAGGGUGGUGAUGCAAUGGAGGUGAAUGCAAGGACACUGGCGAGGGAGGCGUUGAAAGUUCUCGGGAAGGAGAUGGGCGCGAUUUAG